UCAACAUAGGCCAAAGAUCCUUGGCCCAUGGAUUAAUGGGCCAAACCCCAUCCACCAUAGUUGAGUAGCCAAAAAUAUAAAUUGAUUAAAAAAAAAAUCACUAUGGCAAAUGUAAAUUUAGUGCUCAACGUGUGGAAAUUUUAAUUUGAAAGCUGCUAUUUUUGCUUCAUAUAUAAAUUUUCAUGCUCUUAGCUUUAGCAGCUAUUGUCACCCGACACAAACACAGUCACAAACAAUGAUGCUCAAAUCAACGUUCACUCCUCUUUUCUCAAUCUUUCCCGCCAAACCCAGAACUCCAAAACUGUUUCAUUACCGCACUAAAAGUAUAACCAACACUUUCACGCCCAACCCACCAAGUGUUCGACAAAAUGCCUCAUCCAACACCCUCACUGUUCCUCCUCCUCAACUUCCUCCUACUUCAGCAUACAUCCACCUACCCUUCUGCCGAAAGCGUUGCCACUACUGUGACUUCCCAAUUGUCGCUCUCGGCUCUUCUUCUAACCAAACCAAUGACGACGACCCUCGAAUCUUAAACUAUGUACAAUUGCUCUGCCGAGAAAUCAAUGCUACAAAACUAGAAUGUAACACCAACCCACCUCUCAAAACAGUGUUUUUCGGGGGUGGUACGCCUUCACUAGUGCCACCGAGGCUUGUGUCUUCGGUUCUCGAAGUUUUGAGAUUGAAAUUUGGGUUGAGUUCAAAUACCGAAAUAUCUAUGGAGAUGGACCCUGGGACCUUUGAUUCUAAGAAGCUGAAGGAGUUGAUUGGGUUGGGAGUGAAUAGAGUGUCUUUGGGAGUUCAGGCAUUUCAACAAGACUUGUUGAAGGCUUGUGGGAGAGCACAUGGUUUGGAAGAGGUUUAUGAGGCAAUUGAGACUGUUGGGUCAUGUGGUGUUGAGAAUUGGAGUAUGGACCUUAUUUCAUCUCUUCCGAACCAGACACCUGAAAUGUGGGAAGAAAGUUUGAGGCUCACCGUUGAAGCUCAACCUACCCACGUGUCUGUAUAUGAUUUGCAAGUCGAACAAGGCACAAAAUUUGGUAUAUUGUACACACCCGGCGAGUUUCCUCUGCCUUCUGAAAUACAGUCAGCUGAUUUCUAUAAAAUGGCUUCAAGGAUGCUUUCUGAUGCUGGUUACAACCAUUAUGAAAUUAGUAGUUACUGCAAAAGUGGCUUUGAGUGCAAACACAAUCUUAUAUAUUGGAAGAACAAACCUUUCUAUGGGUUUGGCCUUGGGUCUGCUAGUUAUGUUGGUGGACUGAGGUUUUCAAGGCCGAGGAAGAUAAAAGAAUACAUGGGAUAUGUGCAGAAUUUGGAGAAUGGGCUGGUGGAUUGCCGUGGAAAUGAUCCUAUUGAUGCAAAGGACAUGGCCAUGGAUGUUGUGAUGCUCUCUCUAAGAACUGCAAGAGGCCUGGAUCUGAAGUCUUUUAGAGAGGCAUAUGGUGGCUCUCUUGUUUUCUCUCUUUUCAAGGCUUAUAAACCUUAUGUGGAAAGUGGGCAUGUUGUUUGCCUGGAUGAGCAUGGAACAGUUGUGAGUGCAGAUGAAAUCAAUACUGCGUUAUUGGAUGUGGACAAGAUCAGACAGCUGGCUUUCAUUCGGCUAAGUGAUCCAGAUGGUUUUCUUUUAUCAAAUGAAUUGAUAUCCCUUGCAUUUGGGGUAAUAGCUCCAUAGAACUAUAAUCAUUUAUUGGAGCCAAGAGCUCUUUGAAAGUGAUCAGGAGCUGUUUCAAUGCCUAUAGAACCUAGCUGUAGAGGGUGAAAGCAUUUCACCAGCGUCAUCCUAAGAAGGGUGACCUUCUAUUGAAAGUUUUCAAGAGCAUAAAUUGUUGCAUCAAUAGUGAAAAUCAAAAUUAUAUACACAAGAUUGUUUGAACCUAGUUGUUUUAUGUCGGUGUUGAGCUGGUGUUCAUGAUUCUGAGAACCUGUCCUGCUUACAAACUGGUUGUGUUGAUAAAACAAGAAAAUCAAGAUACAAGCAAACUGUCUGCUUUGUGGGCAUUACAAGGCAGAGCAUCAUGGGGGAUGCACUUACCUUGAAAGCACUACAUUUCAGAGCAUAAUAUUGUAGCCAAUGAAAGAGUAUUGUAAUUUGAGGUUGAAGAAAUGUUGUUGCCUUAAAAGCAAGCAGAAAAGGUAGUGAUUUUUUAGAUUAUUAAAAAUGAAAUGUUCUUUAUAAAUAUAGAAAGAAAUUUAAUUACAAAAAAUAUAUACUUUAGUAUUUAAUUCUUACUUCUUGUUGAACUAUUGAUGUCACUAGUUAAAUUACCGCACG